AUGGCAGCGUACCACUUCCUCUGUGUCAACUAUGCGACCGGCGAUGAAAUUAUCCUCAUUGGCUUUUCCCGUGGCGCUUUCACAGUCCGCUAUCUUAUCAAGUUGGUUCAGGAGCUCGGCCUCCUAGCUGGUUUGGAGCUCGGAGAUCUGCAUGAAAUAUUUGGUCGCUGGUGGAAGACCGCAAGUGUUAGGGGAAAUGUGAGCCUAAAUCAGGAAGGCGAUCAUCCCAGGAAUCGUCCUCAAAUCCCUAUCAAGGCGUGCGGUCUCUGGGAUACUGUCAAUUCUGUCUGGAGUACCGACCUGCAGACAGAGAUUAUGGGGGUUGAACACGUCUUUCAUGCUUUAUCUCUACAUGAGCAUCGUUAUGAUUUCCAGGUAGUCAUGGCAAGUGUUCCCGAUGGAGAGCAGCAUCUUGAACAGUGUUGGUUCAGCGGAUACCAUGGGGAUGUUGGCGGUGGCAGGGAAGAUGACGCGCUGGCGCAUCUGGCGCUAGCGUGGAUGAUGGGGAAGCUCGACAGGUUGAUAGAUUUCAACAAGCUUGCAUUUUAUCAGAAAGAGAUGGUCAACUCGAGAUGGAGAGCAGUUUUGAAUCGUGAUGAAGGCAGGCGCCUCACGUCGAUUGCACCGGAUUCAAGGACUCUAGGAUGGCGGGUAUGGGAGACCAUGGCAUUGCCUUUUCGAAAGAUUAUGAAUGUUUAUAGACGACCUGGAAUCACCGUUCCAGACAUUCAUGAGUACAUCCACCGGAGCGUCUGGAAACUUACGUCACAACACUCUGAGUUCUUAAAGCCAUGUUGGGCCCUGAAAGGAGUCACACCGGAGGACCCCACCAACGGGGUCAGGCACUGGACACCUCGAGAGUCUCUCCGACGCAUGCAAGAGACCAUGCGGAAGCGGGGCAAGACGAAGACAGAAAGAACCUUCUCAUCAGCUUUCAGAAUGGCCCAGGCGUGGAUGAUGACCAUGGAAUUGUAG